GCAUUUUUCUCAUCUCAGGGACAAAGGCUUCACGCCACUAAAAGAUGAGAGCUAUCUCACAAAUGGAUAUCUAGACACAGUUAUAGACUGGAUUCCAGGUAUGAGAGAUAUCCGACUGAGGGAUCUCCCGAGCCUUAUUCAAACCACAGAUCCCAAUGAUGUUAUGUUCAAAUUUAUCGUUGAAGCAGUAGAGAGAGCUCCCAAAGCUUCGGCAAUCAUUGUUCAGACAUUUGAUGCGUUAGAGCAUGAAGUUUUGGAUGCUCUCUACCCCAUGUUUCCUCGGUUAUAUGUCAUUGGCCCUCUCCAACUCCUGCUCGAUCACUCACACAAUGACCAUUUGAAAUCAAUUGGGUAUAAUUUAUGGGUAGAAGAAACUGAGUGCCUUCAUUGGCUCAACUCCAAGGCACCCAACUCAGUUUUAUAUGUAAAUUUUGGUAGCAUAACCGUCAUGACACCACAACAGCUCACUGAGUUUGGUUGGGGACUUGCAAAUAGCAAGCACCCUUUCUUGUGGGUAAUUAGACCAGAUUUAGUAAUCGGUGAAUCGGCGAUUAUGCCGCCAGAGUUCCAUGUAGAAAUAAAAGAAAGAGGUCUAAUAGCUAGUUGGUGCCCUCAAGAGGAAGUGCUGAACCACCCCUCAAUUGGAGGAUUCUUAACUCAUUGCGGGUGGAAUUCAACGAUUGAAAGUGUGACCGCAGGAGUGCCAAUGCUUUGUUGGCCAUUCUUUGGGGAUCAGCAAACAAACUCCAAGUAUACUUGCAAUGAAUGGAGCAUUGGCAUGGAGAUUGAUAAUCGUGCCAAUAGAGAGAAAGUGGAGGAGAUUGUGAGAGAGUUGAUGGAAGGAGACAAGGGUAAGAAAAUGAGGAAAAAGGUCAUGGAGUGGAAGAAAUUGGCCGAGGAGGCCAGUGGUCCACAUGGAUCUUCAUCCAUUAACCUAAACAAUUUGGUGAAUGAAGUGCUUUUAUAA